GAAGGAAAUUGAUUUAAAAAAAAAAUCUUUAUUUCACGUGAAAGUAAAUUUACCGUGUAAUGGUUAUAAUAUCCUCAUGGGAAAUUUUCUAAAUGUUUGAUAAAAUGGAAUUGAAGGAAGAAUUAUUAGAUGAUUUACAGGUAGCAGAGAAAAAUUGGACCAAAAUAAUAGAUAAAGCAAAAACUAUGGGGUAUCGUGAAGGUAAAAUGGAUGGUAAGGAAGCUGUUUAUCAAGAAAAUUUUGAAACAGGAUAUGAGGAUGGUUUUCGAAACGGGAAAAUAAUAGGAAUAAAACAGGGAAUCUCAAUAGGUAAACAAUUAUUUUUAAAUGAAUCGGAAAGCGACCAUAAAAGCGUUUUACAAAAAACAGAAAAAGACAUUUGUGUGAUAUGUCAAGACAGUGGACAAAUGGACAAAUCCUUAAGUGAAAUCAUAAAAAAUCAAGAGGUGCAUUUUCAAAAAAUUGUUGUAGCUUUACCGAUUGAUGAUUUAGUGGAAAAAAAAUUAAGGAACGAUUCUUAAUAGUUUUGGAAUUUGUG